AAUAAUCUUUUCUCCUUUCUUGGAGGCUAUCAGAAUCCCCCUUCUCAGGGUUAGCGGUGCUCGGGUCCGGGAGCAACAUGGCGGCGCCCGUGAGGAGCUAGCUUAGGGAAAAAGCGUUUGGCGUCGCUGUCUUGCGGGAUAUUGACAGACUGGAGCUUUCCGCGACCACCCGACUUAAGGAAGCCUGUACUAAUAGGUGGACAGCUUUAGUGAUCGGCCGUCCGCUCUCAUCCCCAAUUGAGAGCAGAGUCUUGAGGACUGACCAGCAUGAGCAACAUCUACAUCCAGGAGCCUCCCACCAACGGGAAGGUUUUAUUGAAAACUACAGCUGGAGAUAUUGAUAUAGAGUUGUGGUCAAAAGAAGCUCCUAAAGCUUGCAGAAAUUUCAUUCAACUUUGUUUGGAAGCAUAUUAUGACAACACCAUUUUUCAUAGAGUUGUACCUGGUUUUAUAGUCCAAGGGGGAGAUCCCACUGGCACAGGGACUGGUGGAGAGUCUAUCUACGGAGCCCCAUUCAAGGAUGAAUUCCAUUCACGGUUGCGUUUUAAUCGGAGAGGACUGGUUGCCAUGGCAAAUGCUGGUCCUCAUGAUAAUGGCAGCCAGUUUUUCUUUACACUGGGUCGAGCAGAUGAACUUAACAAUAAGCACACCAUCUUUGGAAAGGUUACAGGGGAUACAGUAUAUAACAUGCUGAGACUGACAGAAGUAGACAUUGAUGAUGAAGAAAGACCACGUAAUCCACACAAAAUAAAAAGUUGUGAGGUUUUGUUUAAUCCUUUUGAUGACAUCAUUCCAAGAGAAAUAAAAAAGCCGAAAAAAGAGAAACUAGAGGAGGAAGUAAAGAAAUUGAAACCCAAAGGCACCAAUACCUUGGAAGUACACUCAUCUGGUUCCCUGAGCAUGAAGGGAAAAAGCAAAAGUAGUCAUGACUUGCUGAAGGAUGAUCCGCAUCUCAGUUCUGUUCCAGCUGUUGAAAGCGAAAAAGGUGAUGCAGCAGGAGACUCAGAUGAUGAUGGAGAAUGUGAAAGUGCAGAGCAUGAUGAAUAUAUUGAUGGUGAUGAGAAGAACCUGAUGAGAGAAAGGAUUGCAAAAAAGUUAAAAAAGGACACAAAUGCAAAUGUUAAAUCAGCUGGAGAGGGAGAAGUGGAGAAGAAAUCAGUCAGCCGCAGUGAAGAGCUCAGAAAAGAAGCAAGACAAUUAAAGCGGGAACUCUUAGCAGCAAAACAAAAAAAAGUAGAAAAUGCAGCAAAACAGACAGAAAAAAGAAGUGAAGAGGAAGAGUCUGCUCCAGAUGGUGCUGUUGCAGAAUACAGACGAGAAAAGCAAAAGUAUGAAGCUUUGAGGAAGCAGCAGCCAAAGAAGGGAACUUCCCGUGAAGACCAGACCCUUGCACUGCUGAACCAGUUUAAAUCCAAACUCACUCAAGCAAUUGCGGAAACUCCUGAAAACGACGUGUCUGAAACAGAAGUAGAAGAUGAUGAAGGAUGGAUGUCGCAUGUACUUCAGUUCGAGGAUAAAAGCAGAAAAGUGAAAGAUGCAAGCAUGCAAGACUCGGACACGUUUGAAAUCUAUGAUCCACGGAAUCCAGUGAACAAAAGAAGAAGGGAAGAAAGCAAAAAGCUGAUGAGAGAGAAAAAAGAAAGAAGAUAAAAUGAGAGUAAUGAUAACGAGAACUAGCUGGAAAAGUGCCUGCAAUAAAUGGCCUUAUAACAGCCAUUGUUCCCAACAGCAUCACUUAAGGGUGUGAAAAGAAGUAUUUUUGAACCCGUUGUCUGCUUUUGAAAAACAAUUAUCUUGUUAUGUUAAUUGUGGAAUGACUGGUACAUGCUUUUUUUCCUAAUUGACCUUUUAUAUUGCUAAAUCUGAAAUAAAAUCACUUUCCUUCCAGUUUACAUGUUAA